AUGAGCGCUGUCUCUGAGAAGGUUCCAUCGGAGCUGGGUGCCGCUCCCCUGAACUUCAUCUACGCCUGCUCCGUGUGUUGCGCUUCCUUCGCCGAUGUCUACGAGGGUCACAAGGACACCGUUCGUGGCCUAUCAGAUGGUAUCAACCCCAAAGAGCGCCUUGUGACGCGGCUCUACCUUGCUAGUUGCUGCCAUGUCUUCUGCAGCAGUCACUUGGAAGGCGGUGGGCCGCCUUUCUAUGCGGCUGGACAGCGACCCAAAACACCAUGUCCCGUUUGCAUCAAGGAGAAAGGUGACAGCGAGCCUCGGGAUCUCUUCUCAAUACGCGGCUUCAACAAAGAUGAAUACGAUCCUCAGAUCCCGCCUGCAUGGUUCACUGCGCCCCCCAUCCGGCUCGAUGGUAGUGGUAGAGAGAUGGAGGCAUUACGCUUCCAGUACAUUGCCCUCAUACGGUACUGCCAGAACACGCACGCCACCCGCAAGCCUCUUCAACAAGCCUAUAAUGAGAUGGAGAAGAAGCUGGCCAAUGUUCAGGAUCUUGCAUCCAAGGAGCAUUCGAAAAUCCUUGGUCUCCACCAAGAGAACGAGCGACUACGGUUCCAGAAGGACCAAUUCGAAGCCAUGGAAGCUGAAGUCCAGCGAUUACAGGGCCUUGAUGAAGAAGUUGCGCAUCUUCGUGGUGUCAAUACCAAAGACCUCAACACAUUUCUGGCGAACAAGUCAGCCAUCCGCCACUACUUGAAGCUCGUCCCCAUGCUAGUCGAUCAAAACGGGAGGAUGCAAAAGCGGCUUGCCCAACUCGGCUUUGCGAUGGCGCUAGAACCCGUACCCAACUUCAAGGGGAUCGACCCUCUCACAUUCGAUAGCGACGAAGCUCUCCCCGAAGACAUUGGACAGCCCGGUGUCAAGUUACGAACGACAGCUUCGAGCCAUACUGCUGGCAGAUCUGCGCAUACAACAGGCAGACUGGGAACAACGUCGUCAGGCUCAUUCGUCCAGCGGCCCAUGAAGCGGCAACGCCUCGAUUCGCCUCUCCCCAACAACAUUCAAAUCGAUCACCCUUCUAGCCGUGAUGCGAUGCCACCUCCUCCCCAACCAAUGUCUAGGAUGCGAUCUAUGCGCAAGAUGUUUCCAAGUUUCCGAAAGAAGUUCUCUCGUGAUCGCUCUCACUCUGUCGCGGACGAGGCCUUUGAAGACAACGGCGACGCCCAGAUGUAUGAAAACGGACAUUGGCAGGAUACCGAAUUCGAUAAAUGUCCAGCACGCAAUGACUUCCGCGGCGAGGCACACUACAUGUCGGGAGCACUUCCUGUCGAACAGUCCCACCAAGCUUCCGAUCCCCUAAGAUCACAGUUACCUAGCUUUCAAGAUAACGGGUCGAACUUUACAUUUCAAGCCCCGUCUCCAGUCAAGAUGGACAAACAGGGCAAUGGCCACUGUCUCGUUGAUUUGCCUACCGAGCCUUCAUACAUUCGGCUUAUGGAUGGGUUGUUAGGCGACAACGGAGUGGAACUAGGUCUAAAAGAUCCUCGCAAACAACCCAAUACGAACUACUGUGGAGAUAGUGGGAACAGGCAAGUACCACAUGAUUAUCUGAACGAGGAUAUUCUACAAGGAGUCGAUUGCGAAAAGCGUUGGAAUCUUGGACAUCCGUUCAUGCACCAAUCGCCAUCCGGAUCUUUCACCUCUGUCGAUGUCCGCGAGUAUUCUCCUAGCCACCGUCAGACUAAUAGAUAUACGAACAGAGCAAAAGAUAUCUCGGCUCUUGGUCCCGCCACGCCGGCACCCAGGCGGCAACAACAUCCCGGCCAUCAAAUCGAGAGUGUAUUCAAAUCAUUCCGAAGAUUAUCAGUCACAAAGGCCAAGGACGAAAUGUCCCCAGGCCGACUGGGUUGA